AUGGAGUAAAUUAAAAAUAUUUAUCAUCUCAAAAACACUAUCAAUAAAAAUACUCAUUACUUUCUUAAACCUAAAAAUGCAGCCUUGAACAAUUUGUUGGAUACCUAUAUUCUUAAAGAUUAUGGUGGAAUUAAUGUAAGUUAUCAAUUUCCUAAAAUACAUAACCAAUCUUAACAAUAAAUUUUAAAGGAAAUUGAAAGCAAACGCAAGCUCUCCAUUCAAAAUAUUUAGAAGAUGUGUUCUCAAAGAAAUCUCAAUCGUCUAGUUCGCUCUUAAACUAUAGAUGAACCUGCAUAUAGAAAAGCAACUGAUAUUAUUCAAUCUUGUCAACAAAUUAUAAAUCAUCAAAAAUUACUUUAACCUAAAUCUCAAAACAAAAAAUCUAUUGUGAAUGACGAAUACAAAGCUAUUCGAAAAGCAGACAAACUACAUAAAUUCAUAUAAGAACAAAUAUAUUAAUGUAAUAAAGAUGAUGUAGGCAAUGCAAAUAAAAAAGCUAUUUUAUAUAUCAAGGAAAAUGAUAUAACUAUUGAUAAAGAUAAAUUCAUAUAAAAAUGUCAUAAAGAAAAAAUUUAAUUUCAAUGUUUUAGAGAAAGAUCACGGAAAGAAUAAUUAUAUAAAAGAAUCAGAACAAAUCAUUACCAAUUAGAUCUCUGA